CUCCGCCAUAGUUAAAGCUUUAGUUUUUUUUUCCUCUCUGCAGAUUCAAAAUCCCAUCUUUGAUGUUAAAUAUUUGGAUAUGAAUCAAGAAAGUUCGUUCUCUGUGAAAUACACAGAGAAAACAACAGUUACUAACAAGCUAGUGAAGCAGUCGAGCUACUGGUUUUACCCUAAGGUGGUUAGGAUUUAUGUCACCGACGGCGACGCCACAGAUUCUUCCGGCGACGAAAGUGAAAAGGAGAUAAUACAGAAAGUGAAAAGGCAUGUGAGUGAGAUCAGGAUCCGAGAUUGUUCUACAUUCAACAAGCAACACAGACCAACGAACAACAAGACCAAUCUUGUAAAUAUGAGAUCAAAGAAGCAGCAACAAUGUUUGUCCAACUGUGUCAAGUACCGUGGGGUCCGAAAGAGGCCAUGGGGAAGAUGGGCGGCUGAGAUAAGAGACCCAACGAGUCGAACCAGGGUCUGGCUCGGGACUUACGACACUGCUGAAGAAGCUGCCUUGGUCUAUGACAGAGCAGCGGUUCGACUCAAAGGUCCUGAUGCUCUUACAAACUUUGUAAAGCCUCCUCCUUCACGACAGCCGGAGAUUGAACUUGAAAUGAUUUCUGGGUAUGAUUCUGGCCAAGAAUUUCGCUCCCUGUGUUCACCUACUUCUGUUCUCAGAUUUCAGCCCAACGAAGAAGAAGCUGAACUUCAAACCGAGUGGAAAGAUAAAUCUUUUCAACUUUGUGAUGAGUAUGUGUUAACAGAUGCAGGGGUUUUAUAUGAUUACUUUGAUUAUGAAAACCCUGAACCGAUAUUGCUAGAUGAAAUGAGGUUACUGGAAGAGAGUAGAUUGGAACAGGGUUAUGCUGAUAUGUCCAUUAAAUUGGAUGUGGAUUUCGAGUCUUACUCGUGGGAUGUCGAUAAUUACUAUUAAGAUCAGUCUAGUUUUGCCUGGGAAAUUUGGAUACAUUUUU